GCCUAGUUUAUCUCAUUCGUGAGCAACCCGCUUCGAGAUCGACGUUAAUUGUUGCUUUAAACAAAGUGUUCGUUUUGUGACACCGUUGCUACGUAAUAUAAGAGAGUGACGUUUAUUUUAUCGAGAAAAAAAAAAAAUUAUUUUGGAAAAAAAAGAAGGACUUGAGACGCGCAUUUGGUAGAUCGUCGUUGAUUUUUUUUUAUUUUUUUUUUAUUUUGUCAUUAUUAUUAUUAUUAUUAUUAUUAUUAUUAUUAUUAUUAUUACAGCGAUCACCUCAUAAAAAUAGCUCACAUUGUUUUUUUCCGAGGCAACCGUUUUUUAUUUCUUUUUUUCCUAAGGGGAAAUCGGUCACACACAAUUUUCAAAACCGUCUUCGAAUGGAAUUUCUUUCUAGGAUGACGCAGAGUACCAAGUCGAUGAAGAAACGACGCUCAUGAAAGCUUAUCGCAUAACGAAUUGCAUCCAGCUGGAUUUUACGUCCAUUGGAGAUUCAAUUUCAAGCUGAUAGCUCGAUAUUAUGAAUCUAUUAAGUGGUGAUCUCUUCUCGUGAAUGCUUUAGAUAGUGCCCUUGGUAAACAAUUAGAUGCAGAGUAGAAUCUACAAAGCAGCAGUAAUAAAUGGGGAAAGUCAAAAAAAGGUCGAUAUUGCUACAUAGCAAUCAAUCUCAGAAUGUGAUACGCAACCUAAUGUUAAGAGAUUUAGGUCUUCAUAAUAUAAAUAGAACUAGUACACGAGAGCUUGAAUCAAUAGCGGAAACAAAUCUUGUUUUGAAGAGUCAUAGGGAGUUGAAAUGUGAUUUACCUGGUGUUCCUAGAGCAACUUUUUUAAUGGUCUUUAGUCCUGAUGGGACUAAACUGGCAUCUACACAUGGAAAUCACAAUGUAUAUAUUACAGAAGUUAAGACAGGAAAGAAUAUAAGAACUCUUUCCGGCCAUCCACGUACACCUUGGUGUAUAGCUUUCCAUCCAUCUUCAAGUCAGAUAUUAGCUUCUGGUUGUCUUGGUGGUCAAGUUCGUGUAUGGGAUUUAAGUGGAGGUAGCGAAGUAUGGAAUGCUGAAAGUCGUACAGUCAUUGCAUCUCUUGCAUUUCAUCCAUCUGAACAGUUGCUUGUAAUUGCAACUUAUAAUGAAAUUCAUUUUUGGGAUUGGAGUCAAUCGGAACCUUUUGCAGUAGCUUCAACGCGAUCGGAUAAAGAAAAAGUGAGGUAUGUAGCAUUCGAUAAUCUCGGAAGAAAAUUAAUCACAGGUAUCGCAAAUAUAUCACCAAUUCGAUCACGGAGGGAUCGUCCUUCUGUAGAGCAGCCGUACAGAACUCUAUUAAGAAAUCCAUUGGAAGGUAUUCAAGAUUUUGAAGCAGUACCUCGUUAUCAUCAUUUAUGGGAUGCGCCUCUUUAUGGAUACAGAAUGAUCAAUAAUUAUAAUUCUGCAAGAAGAACACGAAACGGUAACGCAUCUGAUCUGAGAACUACAAGAGUGACAAGAACUGUUCCUAAUGCACCAGAGGUAUCAUCCGACCUAAGAGAUCGACAAAGAAAUUCCCCUUCAUUAAGGAGAGUAUUCGAUGUAAUUAUAAGACAUUUAUGCACAGAGCAUGGGUAUAAUACAGAAAAUUUACACAGUGAAACUUUGGAUGACGAAAAUAGUGGAGAACAAUCAGAGAAUGGAUAUUGGCUCCUGGAAGAAAAUAGUAAUUCAGAUUCCAACCUUGACGAAGCCAGUACAAGUAAUGCUUCUAAUUCACGAAGAUGGACCAGUCGUUGGAUUCAAUUAGACUCCUCCAACAGAAAUUAUGAUAAUAAUCGUACAUCGUCGCUCAAUGAUCCAACGCAUACGAGACUCACGAACGAUGAGAUGAUUCAAAGAGCUCAGAAUAGGUUCUGCAAUAGAAAUCAAAUUGCCCCUAUGCCUGCGAAUUCUCUAAGCUACGAACAGCCACCGUUAUUUCCGUUCAGAAGUUUGCAAGAAAGUCAAUUUAGGAGGCUAGAACAAAGCGCAGUGCCAGAAGUUCAUUCUUCCAGUAGUUCGCUUCAUCAUCGGCCAAUAAAUCCUCCUGCAAAUGCAAGUAGUAUUACGUCGGCGAAAAGAGAAAAUUCAAGCAAUGAGAACAACACGCAAGAAAUACAUAUUCCUCCAAAGAAGGAAAGAGUAGAAGGGGAAAGUUCAACGGAAAAUCAACAACAACAACAACAACAAGGACAAGAUAGUCAAGUUGAAAAUCAAUUAAGAAACAAUAAUUCUACUUUCGAACGAUCUGUAGAUAGUAAUAUGAGCGAAUUGAAUAUCAGCAGAGAUAUAAGUGGAGAAGGAUUCAGAAGAUGGAGAUUGUCCCUGAAUCGAGAUGUCGGUCUUCAUCCUUUAGAAAUUCGACUGAGAAUACGCCUCCUUGGACGACAUAUAGAUAAUAUGCAACGUUUGUGUAGAGCCAGAUUAGAAAUUGUUCAACUGCAGCAAGUUCGUAGGAUGUGGGAAGACUUGCAACAUCAAAUACGUUCGCUACAUGUAACCGUACGAGUUGAGAGACAAAACAAUAAUGAAGAAACAGCAGAACAAUCGAAUACAAGUACAAAUGUUAAACCUUCGACGUCUGGUCAGAAUUCCUCUUCAGUGUCGACAGAUUCUCAAACUAGAAACUUUAAAAAGAUUCUUUUAGAAAGUUAUAAGAGAGAGAAUAACGAGACUGCUGAUACGAAAGUGUGUGAUCAAAAUCAACCCUCAACAUCUACAGGGAUAACGAAAUCAUCCAAAUUUAUGAGCAGCGAACCACAAAGUCACGAUAGCAAUAACGAUGGGACAGAAAAUUCGACGAACAUAAGCCUUUCAAAUUUAUUACCAAGUGAAUCUGAAUUAAGAGAUAUGCAACCGCAUAAUUUAUCGAAUAUAUUGGACAGCCUUUACUCGCAAUGUCAGAAUUGUAAUCUUCCUGAUAAUUCGCAGUACACGAAUAAUGCGAUAAAUGAUCAUACUUAUUCGAAUUUAACAACCAACGAUGAAAAUAUACAAUUACCAAGUAUAUCAAGUCUUGUUUCUAAUAUUGGAAUCACGUCAAACUUACCAACAAUUUCUGCAAUCACCACUACAACUUCGCAAUCGCCUAGCGUUUCGCAUUUAAUUAAUAACGAAGUAAAUAAUCCAAGUUCUGUUAAUGAAACAGGGCAGACGAGUGAAAAUGUAGAGUAUUCUUCCGAGGAUGUAAAUUCGCAUCUCAAUAAACAUCUUAAUGAUAAUACUAAUAAUAACGAAUACGUUAAUACCAAUACAGAAGAUUCGUCAAAUAUUCCUGAGAAUUUCAAUCCAAGAAUACAACUCGAAUCGUCGUCAAAUAAUAUCAAUUUACAAAACAGACAGUACAUGUACCAAAGAAUUUGUAAAUAUGGCCGCCGAAUGUACUUAAGAAAUCCAAGAUUAUUGCCACUGGGAGCUAAAAGAGGCUCUAGAUCACAAUCGAGUAGCGACACUUCUCGUUUUUGUGAAAGUGUAAGAAGGCCAUGGCAUUUACGUAGAAAUCCACCGAACGUAUGCGAUAGUACGUCCAAUGAAAAUAGUAAUGAAAGAAAUCAAGUGCAAAGUACUUCAGAAUUUUUACAAGUAAUGAUACUUCGAUUGGAGUUCUUAGUUCGUCAGCAAAGAGCUCUCGCUCAAAAUAAUAACGUUGCUAGGGGUUUUGAUAGUGAUAGUCAAAUAGACAAUAUCACGGAUAGUGAAAAUCAAGAAAUUGAACAGAUUCGAGAAGCUACUCGUCUUCGAGCUAGGCAAGUUCUUAGUUUGAUGGUUGAAGGUUUAACGCAAUUCUUUGAAACUAAUAGACCUGAGAAUGGAUCGCAAAGUAAUAUGCUUUAUGAACAAAUCUAUAAAAUGUAUGUUUUACUGCACUUAGCAUUAGAAUUAACGGAUUUGUUAUUAGCUCAAUUGGUAACUACGAGACGAGAAUUGGAGUCUAGUCAAUAUGGGCCAUAUAGUACCGAUCUUUCAUCUCAAAGUAAUAAUAGGACAGAAAUACCUCGAAGUAAUAGUUUAGACAAUAGUUUACAAACGGAAGAAUACAAUCCAAGCAGCAACGUGCAAGCGUUAUCAGAAAAUAACGACGACACUGAAAUUUUUGAAAGAAAUCUUGAUACAGAAAAUCCUGGAACAUCCCUUGAGAUGAAUCAGACAAAUACGGAGGAUCUUUUCUCUGUACAUGCUAAUAGAAACUAUCACAAUAUGGCAGAACGAUUAAAAAGAUUGUUCUUUCAUCCGCAACAACUUGAUGCUGAAUCAGAAAGCAAUAAUACGGAGGAACGUCAAAAUUUGAAUCAUCUGACUUCACACGUGAAUAAUUCCAUAAGUACGGAUAACGCUAAUUUCACUCCACAAAACCAUGAGUUUCAGCAAGCGGGUACAAGCACCGGUCAUAAUUUAUCGGAGCAUGCUUUGUCCGCUGAGGUACAGAAUAUCGUUGAAAGGAUUCAAAGUAAUAGUUCUGUUAAUACCGAUAGCUCGACGGAUAGUAGAAGACAAAAUAAUGUGCAACCUCUAGGUAGUAACAUUAUCUACAGAAAUAAUGGUUCUCGUGAGUUACGUUUCCAUGAGCUUAAUGCAGCAAUUAACAGAAGAGGAUUUAGAAACAAUUGGCAAAACAUAUCGUCUGGACUCAAUCAGCAUUCGCAAGAAACUGAACAAAGAAUUCCAAGACCAAACUCUUCUAAUUGGGGUAACUUUAUAACAAGUGAACAAAGUACGAGAAGACCAUUAAAUUUCCAAGGGUCUACUUUAUCAGCGCCGAUAAUAAGAAGAGCGUCUACGCCUAUUCGAGGAUACAUUAGAAGAUACCCUACACUUCAAAGGGAACGUUUCAGACGUAGAAUAUCUUAUAGAAACGGAGUAUCUCGUAGACAAGAAUUAAAUAUUCCUGUUAUACGAGUAAACGGAAUUCCAUUGAACGAAUUGCAUAAUUUGCCAGGAAAUCAAAGAAGGAGACUUAAUGCUCCACCUCAUAUUCCUUCGCCAUAUUUUAUUGAUAAUUUUCCUAAUGACGUUGAAAGAAAUGGUAAUAACAAUAACAAUAAUAUUAAUCAUAACAAUAACAACAACAACAACAACAACAACAACAAUAAUAAUAAUAAUAAUAAUAAUAAUAAUAAUCAGAAUCUAGGGAUACAUCAGAUAUUAAGUCCAAUAGUUUUUGCACAAGCAAUGUGGCGUAAUCGCUUUGUACGUUAUUCCGAAUUUGGGAAUAGCAAUUCAGCAGUUCGAAAUAUUAGCAAUAGUACUGAAGGAGGAGAAGGAAGUGGAAGUGGAAGUGGAAGUGGAAGUGCAAGUGGAAGCGGUGGUGGAGGUGGAAGCGGUGCUGGAGGUGGAAGCGGUGGUGGAGGUGGAAGCGGUGCUGGAGGUGGAGGCGGUGAUGGAGGUGGUGGCGGAGGUGGAGGUGGUGGCGGAGGUGGAGGUGGAGGUGGAGGCGGUGGUGGAAGUGGAGACGGAGACGGAGAUGGAGAUGGAGGAGGAAUAAGUGGCGGAGGACAAGAUACUGGAAACGAUGAUAGCGACGAUAUCGAUCUAGGAGAUCACAUACCAGUUAGUAUGACUGUUAAUGGCUUUGAAAUUCAGAGUUAUCGGGUUCAAGCAUGGGAUUUUUCAACAGGUGAAAUUCCAGACAUAACUGACUCUAAGAAAAACAUUGUCGUGCGUGAAUGUAAGAUUCAUAAUGACGCAAGUAUUGAUAUUUCGUCCGAUGGGAAAUUAUUAACGACCCUGUUACCAUCGGGACGUAUAAAUGUCACGACGACGUUAGGUAUAUACAGUUUACAAUGGGAAACUUUAGGAGAAAGAAUUUAUUCGACGAAAAUCGAUCAGACGGUUGUCUCUGUAUCGAUGUCACCAACAAGGCAACAUCUCCUAGUGGGUUUGGCAUCACGAAGAAGUCGUGCAAGAGGAUUUCUAAUGGCAUUGCUUUACAAGCUCACGGAUAAAGAAUCUACUAAAGAAAAACAAUGUUUAGUAGAACAAAUAGACCCAGAAUGUUAUAACUCGUACGAACCCAGUGAUUCGUAUAGGACGGACGAAUUUAUCCAUGGUAUUGAUAAUUUUGGUAACACGAGACAAAAUAAUGACGACAUCGAUAGACAGGAUCAAGAUUGGCGUCAUCGUAGCAUGAGGACUGAUAUAGAUAUUAAAGAUAAUAAAAGGAAUAUGGUGCUUAUUAGGAAAUUAUUGCUAUAUAUUCCAGGAUCUACUGGAUACGUCAGUUUAAAUUGCAUAAGAUGGGCACCGCAGCCUGGCCAAGGGAUGGUUUAUGCUACGAAUACAGGCCAAUUAAAUAUUCUCCAUUGAUAUGUAUUUGUGAGAAAGUGAUCCGACGUUUUAUUCUAUAUGUUGAUAAAUACGUUAAGUUAUAUAUUAAGAAGCCACGUUGGAAGUAAUAAAGAGAGUGUAGAUUUGUGAAAAAAUUCCUAACGUAUUCACGAUAUGUGAAUUAGUCAGUAUAAUGUCAUUUACGAUUGUAAUAUCUUCUUUGUAGAUUAUAAGGUGAAAAAAAGUAUCGUGCCGCGCUUGUAAAAUCAGUGUUCUUAUCAUAAUAAAUUUCAGCUCCGUACUCAUGAAAUGUAAUUAAAAGGGCGCAAAAUUCCGCAAGGAGCUGUGCCUUACAUUUUACUUUUUAAAAAGCGUUGUUGUUAAAUUUUAUGUUUUAUCAAGAGAUUGUAAAAACAUAGAAUACGAAUAGGUGUAUCGAUAUAUAUAUAUAUAUGCAUUUGAUUAAUAUAUUAAUGUAUAGUUUGUAAGUUCACUAUUUGAAUAAUUUAAUAGUAUAUCCAAUUUAUAUAUUGCCCGACUGACUUUUAAUUAUGAUCUGAACAUCAUUUUAAUUGUGAUAACUUGCAGGAAGAAAUCCUCUCUUAACUAUAAGAAAUUCAUCACACACAAUAUCAAUAUGUAUUUGUUAAUAUAAUUGUGAUGCAACUAAAUAAAUCGUAUGAGCGAA